ACUGCUGUAACGUAAAUGAAUUUGACGACCCAGAUUCGAAAGCCAAGACCAUAGGUCCAUACCCUGGGGACUCAUGCCCAUCACUCGCACAAUCUUUCUUUUUCGCAGAGAAAAACAAAAGCCAUCCUGAGACAUUAUUGCUGCUCGUUCGUUCUUAUCUCCUCUUUCCAGUAAUUAAAACCAUAUCCUUUUUGGUGGAUCGAAUAAAGUCGAAAUAAUGGGCGCUCUUGAUCAUUUUUCUAAUCUCUUUGACUGUUCUCAUGGCAGUUCCAAGCUCAAGAAACGCAAGCAAUUGCAGACAGUGGAGGUCAAGGUUCGAAUUGAUUGCGAAGGUUGCGAGCGCAAGGUGAGGAGAGCGGUGGAGGGAAUGAAAGGCGUAAAACAAGUGGAUGUGGAACGUAAGGCAAACAAGCUGACAGUCGUUGGAUAUGUUGAACCAUCAAAGGUUGUGGCCCGCGUGGCUCAUCGGACGGGCAAGAAGGCAGAACUAUGGCCAUACGUGCCGUAUGACGUGGUGGCGCACCCAUACGCACCUGGGGUCUAUGACAAGAAGGCCCCAGCUGGGUACGUGAGAAGGGCUGAGGACCCACAAGUGUCCCAGCUGGCACGCGCGAGCUCCACUGAAGUUCGAUACACCACUGCUUUUAGCGAUGAGAAUCCACAAGCAUGUUCUAUCAUGUGAUCGACUGUGAUAAGAUAAAAAUUAUUGGGUGUUGUUAAUUAAUUUGGAAUUUAGGGUUAAUUCUUAUAGGUUUGGUGAUUUUGCUUUUUUGUAUGGGUGUUUUUGCAAUAGUUUGUUUUGUGAGGUUCAAUUCUGUAUUAUUAGAACCUUUUAGUAAAAAAGAGACAAAUAAUCCUUGUAUAAAGUGUUAAUUUUUAGAAUGUGUUUAAUAGACUGUUAAAAAUUUAAAUUUAAA